CAACUAGCGUGGAAUAAAAUAAAAAAACUCAAUUUUCAUUUCAUUCAUUUUCAGGUUUAGAGAGACCCAAACACUAACACACUGAGCGUGAUCAAGAUCAUCAACAAUGGCGGAAAACCCUCUCGAAACGGCGCCGUCGAGCUCACAACCUUCUUCUUCUCAGAAGUCGCCUCAAGAUUCACCGCAGGUCCCUGCAUUUUCGAAUUUUAUGCCCUUUCCGGGUGGGUAUUAUCAAAUGAUUCCUGGUAUGUACCCUGCGCUAGUUCCAGGGUUGACUCUGCCGCAACAUGAGGAGAAUGGGAACCGCGGAGCUGGCAUAUAUGCUGUUCCUGUUAACCCGUAUGACAGACAAAUUACUGGACUUACAUACAACACUCUGAUUCCGCUGACUUACCACACACCCAGUAGCAGGCCAAGUUCUGAAGCUGCUGCUGCCAGUGAAAAUCAGGGGCAAGCAGGACAGCUACCUCAACAGCAGCAGCCUGCACCUCAAAGACAAGUUGUUGUUAGGAGAUUUCAAAUUGCAUUUCAAAUUGAUUUGUUUCUUAUGUUGAAGCUGGCAGCUGUGAUCUUUUUGUUUAACCAAGAUGGAUCAAGGCAGAGGCUUAUCGUCCUCGUGUUCUUUGCUGCUCUUGUAUAUUUAUACCAAACUGGAGCUUUGACACCAAUUAUAAGAUGGCUUUCACAAGGUAUGCAGAGAGCAGCAGCACCUCCUCAUCCACCAAGACCUGCAGCCAGGGAUGAACAUAUUCCCGCUCCCAGGCCUGAGGGUGACAAUGCUGCUCCAGCAGAGGGUCUACCUGAAGCCGAGAAUGGGAACCAGCCCGCUAAUGAUGCAGACCAGGCAGUUGAGAAUGAAAAUGUUGCAGAACCUGACAAUGUCAAUGGUGGUAAUCAGUGGUGGGGCAUUGUGAAGGAGAUCCAGAUGAUUGUCUUUGGAUUUAUCACUUCCCUUCUCCCUGGGUUCCACAACCAUAUGGAUUGAACUAUAUUUUGUAGCUUACAAGGUUUGUGGAAUUGACAUAUGGUCUAUGUGACUAUACCUGAGACAUGGGAGAAGGGGGUUUUCUGAAAUAAAAUGUAUAGCAUCAGAAGUUCCAAGCGUCAUAACUAAUACAUACAUAGUUAGGUGCAACUAUAUAAUCCAGCGGAAGAUAUGGUGCAACUACAGGGUGCCGUUUUUGUAUCAUUAUUUGGAUUGUUGAUAAAACACUUUUUUGUGGAUUCCAGAGCCCAGGUUUCUACUUAGCAGGGACUUUAGAUUUUUUAAUUUUUUCCCUAGUACUGUUUUUAAUUGCAAGUUCCUGAUGACUUGUUUCUUUUCAUAGUUUGUACGAUCUUUCAAAGCGCCUAAUGCUUUUUCCAAUCUCAGUUAGUCGUUGGUUCAACGUUAUGGAGAGCAA